AUGACGGCCGGGAGCCCUGGAGACUGCGGGGAGGUGCGGAGGAGCCCCGAGGGCCGCGUCUCGCGCCUGGGCCGCCGCCUGGGCCGCCGCCGGCGCGCGCGCUCCCCUCCUGAACCCCUGCGGGUGCGGGCGCGGCUGCGGCUGCGCUCGCCGUCGGGGGCGUUCGCGGCGCUGGGGGCGCUCGUGGUCCUGGUGGGCAUGGGCAUCGCGGUGGCCGGCUACUGGCCGCACCGCGCCGGAGUCCCGGGACCCCGGGCUGCGAACGCCAGCGCGCCUCCCCUGAGCGAGCUGCGGCGCGAGGGUCGCGGCGCCGGCCGAGCUCACGGCCCGCACGAGCGGCUGAGACUCCUUGGGCCGGUGGUCAUGGGCGUCGGCCUGUUCGUGUUCAUCUGCGCCAACACGCUGCUCUACGAGAACCGCGACCUGGAGACGCGACGGCUUCGCCAGGGGGUGCUGCGGGCUCAGGCUCUGCGGCCCCCGGACGGCCCAGGGUGGGACUGCGCGCUCCUCCCCAGCCCCGGCCCCAGGACUCCCCGAGCCGCAGGCUGCGUGGAACCGGAAACCUGGGACCUGUCCCCGCGUCGGGGUACCUCACCCGUCCCGUCAGUGCGGAGUCUGCGUUCAGAGCCAGCUAAUCCUCGCUUGGGGUUACCUGCCCUGCUUAACAGCUACCCGCUGAAGGGCUCAGGGCUGCAUCCACCUUGGGGUCCGCGGCCCCAGACCGGCCAUGUGAUCAUCACCGUGCAGCCCUCCGGCUCCUGCAUCGAACAUUCCAAGUCUUUGGAUCUGGGCCUCGGAGAGCUCCUGCUGGGGGCCCCAGCGGCUCGGGACUGUGCUCACCGAAGCUGGCCACGGCUGGACCGCCUCAGUCUGGGGGGUUAUGCCAAGUUGGGAGCAGGAGGGGACUUGGGGGCCCGGGUCUGA